GCCCUGUCGAAAUGAGCCUUGGGCAUCCCAUCCCCGUGACCGAUCUCCAUGGCCGACCCCCCACUUCGCUCACCUCGGCUGGCGCGGCGCGCCCCAAAACGGCCGAACCGGCCGGGCGCGGUCGCUCGGCCGCGGUAACGCCCGCGGCCUUUGCCGCGGCGGCGGCGGCUUGCGCUUCCCCCGCCCGGCGGCUUCGGCGCUCGAAGCGGGCCUCGCGGCUGCUUCGGCACGCCGAUGGCCGGGAGGUGCUGGCGGCGCUUCAUCCCGCGCUGGCAGAAGCCGCGGAAGCGGUUUGGCGGGGGGAGGUGCUGCUGGCUGGGCCCAAGGAGGAGAUCGGAGGGGUCAAAGGCGUGGCGGCUGGGGAGACCGGGGAGCCCCAACUCUUGCGGGAGCUGCAGCCCGACAGCUAUGAUUUGGUGCUGGAAGUGCAGUCUGAUGAGGUGCUGGCUGCAGGCUGGGAGGCAUGGUGCAAUCGCUUCUACCCGCUUGGGGGUCACUCGUUCAGCCUGGCAAACAGCUUCAUCAUCAACUUGGCCUCCAUCGCCAAAGUGCUGCGAACUGGGGGUAAGUUCAUCUUCCUCACCACGGCUGAGUCCAAAGACGAGAUUCUGCCAUUCGCAUUUCUUCAGCUGCCUCAUUUGAAGUGGCAGAUCGAGCAGCUCCCGGCACACGCAAGCGGGGUCUCGGCAGUUUGCUGCACCCUGCAGGCAGAUGCCGCCCAAGCUCUGAGAAGCACCCCCCAAGUAGUUGCGGAGCAAUGCACAGCCGAGACGUCCCGAAGAAGAUACUUCGAAGCGUUGAGGCCUUACUUGAAAGGAGAGUCGGCGGCUUUGCGCAUCCUGGACUAUGGAUGUGGCGAUGGCUCGCUGAUGUCUUGGGCGUACGAUGAAGAGAUCCUGGCCGAGGACGGGCCGCCUCCCGCGGUGACGCUGCUGGAGGCCAACCCGGAGCUGGCGGCGAGGGCGAAGGCCAAGCUUCGCCUGGCAGAGGUGAUCCAUCACGAAGGUGAGGACUGGCCCUUCGAGGACGGCGCCUUCGACGUGGCGGUGGUGGCCUUUGUGCUGCACCACGUGCCGUUGGAGGCUCGGAGGUCGCUGCUGCGGGAGGCCCGGCGCGUGGCGCGGAAAGUGCUGGUCUUGGAGGACCUGCCAGGUGCAGAGGCAGCCAGCGCCCGGCUGGCCUGGCAGGUGACCCAAGAGCAUUUCCGGCCGUUCGGCCAGGACCCCGAGGACUUCCUGCCGCACGUCUGGCCUUGGGAUCGGUGGCUGCAGCUCUUCGAUGAGGCGGGCCUGAGCUCUCGAAGCUCGCGGCGCAUUGCCGGCAGCCUGCGGUAUCCGGUGCCACAUAUCUUGUUCGAAUUGGAAAAUAAUAUUUUAGCCCGUGUCUAA